AUGGCAACCUCAGUCCAGAGUAUUGGCAUAGAUGCCAUGGCUGUAGGUUACCAAACAGGGUCUGAUGUGAUAUUUGAACAGUUCGACUUGCCCCCCUCAAAUCAGCGGCAGCUUGGGGUACCACAUCCUACGGGGACAACGAUUCCUCUAGCCUUGCGACCGUGUCAGAGUCAGACGGAGGAUAUAAAUCUCGACGAUGUUAUCACGACGAUUAAGGGGUUGCAGUCUCAUAAUAAACUCCUUACUAAAAAGCUGGCGUUGCACGGUACACUCCUCUUUCGAGGCCUGCCCAUUCGCAACGCCGACGACUUCAGUAGAUUUGCUCAUGCCUUCGGGUUCAAGCCACACGAAAUCAUCGGCAUCGUUGUAGAUAGACCAGUGCUUGCUCCCAAUAUUGCGCCAGCCAACAAGGCGCCGAAAGAAGUGCUCAUUCACAGUCACAAUGAGUCGCCGCAAGUGCCCCAUGCACCAGAGUACAUCUUUCUCUAUGGGCAUAAGGCACCAUUAAAAGGAGGAGAGACGCCAAUGUCGUCCUCCCUUGAACUGUUCCAGAGAGUUCAAGACGAGAUCCCUGAGUUCAUAGCCGAACUAACUGAGAAGGGUAUCCUGAGUCGGAUAACAUACAAGAAGGAGCCUCAAUUUUCCGGUGGAUCGACAUUAAAGGAGGCUUUCGGAAAGACGAUUGUUGAUGGAGAUGACUUGGCGAGUCGGCGAUCGAAGAUCGAGGCUCAGAUCGCACGCUAUGGCAGAGGCAUCCAUACAACUUGGGAAUGGUUGGACAAUGACGAAGGAAUCAUAGUAACACAUCGCUUGCCCGUAAUCCGUACACAGCCAGGCACAAAUCUGCCUACCAUGUUCACGGGCUUCGCAUCUUUGUACACGCGCAAGAAUGUCACCGAGCAACUGUACGGCGACGGCACUCCCAUCCCAGAGAAAUAUCUUAAGCGGUUGGUGGCUAUCACGGAGGAGAUCCGAGUGCUGCAUCGCUGGGAACAGGGUGAUGUGCUUAUCUAUGACAAUAUCAUUGCACAGCACGGAAGACAACCUUGGGAAGGGGAGGAGAAUGACCGGGUUGUAAUGGCGAGCCUGUUCGAUGGGGACGAGGUGCCUGGGGCAUACGGAGAUGCGGAUUGGGCGACGGUCGUUCAAGCCCUUGAAGGAUGA